AUGAUGUGGAAAGUCACGUUGUGCAAAGUUCUCAGCCUUGCUCUCCUCGCCCCCGCUAUUCUGGGCGAAGAGAGCUCAAUUAUUUCCGACAAGCCCGUCAGUGAGCAUCAACUCGCCAGCAACAACCAUGCUCCUCAGAUUUGGGUCGACUCUCGUGACUUCAAAGGCGUCCAACGUGCUGCAGCAGACCUGUCGCAAGACUUUGGGCGUGUCUUUGGAGUAAACGGUACACUGUCGCACGCGGCCAGUCUGCCAAACACCACGAACGCUACGUCAGUCAUCAUAGCUGGAUCUCUUGGAAAGUCAGAAAUCAUUGACAGCCUGGUGUCCGACGGCAAAAUCGACGUUUCCGAAAUCAAAGGAGACUGGGAGGCUUACACUAUUGUCUUCCUUGAAGCUCCUAUCGAGGGCGUUCCCUGGGCCUUGGUCAUUGUUGGAAGCGAUGAACGCGGAGCCAUCUUCGGUAUCUAUGACAUCUCUGAACAGAUAGGCGUCUCGCCGUGGUAUUGGUGGGCAGACGUUUCGCCUAAGCCGAUAUCUGGGGUAUGGAUUCAAAAUACGAAAAAGGUUCAACCGACGCCUUCAGUGAAGUACCGUGGGUUCUUCAUCAAUGACGAGGCGCCGGCCUUAACUGGAUGGGCGGAAAAAAAGUUUGGGCUCACCCCAAGCGGCAGACCGUUCAACAGCGAGUUUUACAAGCUCGUAUUCGAGCUUUGCCUCCGUCUCCGAUCGAACUACAUUUGGCCCGCCAUGUGGGGAAGCAGUUUCUACGUCGAUGACCCGAAGAAUGGACCAUUGGCAAACGACUUUGGUGUCAUCAUCGGCACCAGCCACCACGAGCCGAUGGCCAGAUCCGAGACAGAGCAGAAGAACACAGUCCAAGGGCCCUGGGACUGGGGUAUGAACAAAAAAAAUAUUACCCAGUUUUUCAAAGGCGGAGUGGAUCGCGCUCGGGAUUGGGAAACAUUCUUCACCAUGGGGAUGAGAGGGUCAGGCGACGUUGCUUCGCCGACGCUGACCCCCGACCAGCUUGAAGACAUAAUCUCCGUCCAGCAGUCUUUGUUGAAAGAGGGUCUGAAUGUAAGCGACAUUAGUGAGAUACCACAAACCUGGGUUUUGUACAAGGAGGUCGGUCGUUACUACCAAGCUGGGAUGGACGUGCCAGACAGCGUCACUUUGCUUUGGACUGACGAUAAUGCCGGGAACCUUCUCAGAACGCCGCUUGCGAAUGAGACGGACCAUUCAGCCGGGCAUGGCGUCUACUACCAUUUUGACUACGUUGGGAGUCCAAGGAACUACAAGUGGAUCAAUACCAUACAGCUGUCCAAAACAUGGGAGCAGAUGCAUCUGGCCUAUGAGAAAGGCGCUAGAGAGAUUUGGAUCGUGAACAUCGGAGACAUCAAACCUCUCCGGAAGGAAAUCCCUUUGACGCAUUUCUUGGAUAUGGCCUAUGACAUGUCAAAAUAUGCCACUCCUGAUAGUACGUCCGAAUGGAUCCGUCGCUGGGCCACCCGUGAAUUCGGCGGUUCAGUAGCUGAUAGGACCGCGGAGAUUCUGAACACAUACGGUAAACUGGUUAUUCGCCGGAAGUACGAGCUGCUGAGCCGUCAGCCCUUUGCGUACAGUGUUGCUUACUAUGACGAGGCAACGCAAGUCAUGCAAGAAUGGUCUGAUCUUUUGAAGCUCGCUCAAGACACGUAUAACUCCCUCCCGCAAUCUACCAGAACGCCGUUUUUCCAAAUGGUGCUCCACCCCGUUCUGGCUGGGAGCACUGUCGUCGAGCUCUACAUCAAAGCCGCUCUAAACGCCUGGACUCUUCGACAACGGCGCGUCAGCGCCGACCGACUAGCGAACGAUGUUCGCGAUCUAUUUGCGGAAGACCAGCGCAUCACUGAUAGGUACCACUCCAUGAACGGAGGAAAAUGGGAUGGAAUGAUGGCCCAGCCUCACAUUGGGUACACAACUUGGUCGGACCCGCCAUCGAAUAUCAUGCCGCAAGUGGGCUACCACGCCCCGGCGAAUGUCCCCAAAGCUGGAAUAAUGGGCGUCUCAGUUCAGGGCAGCAACCAGAGUUCGCCUGGCGACCCCGAGCCUAGUCUUCUAUCUGUGGAUCCAUACAUGCCUCUCUCAGAAAUCCGUUAUAUCGAUGUCUUCGCCCGGGACAAUGGCACGUUUUCCUAUGAAGUCAAAAGCAACGCGACAUACGUCACGGUAUCGAAUCCCAAUGGUACUAUAACAGCUCCGGGCGACCGCAGUGAUAAGCGUUGCAUAGUCUCCGUGGACUGGGACGCAGCUCCGGCUGGACUGAGCUGGGUCGGGCUGAGAGUACAGGCCACCAACGCCCCAGGCAGCUGGCCAAUCACCGCGACGCUGCCUGUCAACAAAACAUCCGUUUCAGGAUCGUUCAGUGGAUUUGUUGAAUCUGGAGGCGUGGUCGCCAUUGAAGCGGAACAUUACUCGGAAACCCAGCCAAAGAACGAACUCUCGUACAUCAUAAUCCCGCAUUACGGUCGCACUCUGUCUGGAGUGAAGCUUUGGCCAGUCACGGCAGACUCCCAGACUACAUCAACCGGGCCGAAGCUGACAUACUCCUUUUACAACUUCCGGUCGCGCAGCAAUGCGAGAGUCAUGCUUUUCUUGGGCACAACACUGAACCACGAUCCGAGCCGCCCACUCAAGUACGCCUUCGCGAUAGAUGGUGGAAGCCCGGUGAUCGUGCAGCCGGUUCCUGUGACCCCCAUGGGAAGUGAUCCUGCUGGAUGGUCAGACGCGGUGAUUGCAGGAGGCUGGACGUCGUCGACCGUUGUUAACCUCUCCAAUGGCUCGCAUAUUCUCGAUCUCUGGCUGCUUGAGCCGGGAGUCGUGAUCCAGAGGCUGGUCAUUGAUCUUGGAGGCUUCAAGCAGAGCUCUCUUGGCCCCCCGGAGAGCAGACAGUAUCCAUAA